AUGGCAUCAUCAACAAGUCCUAAUUCAAUUGUUUUUGGCUUUGCUACAACAUGUAAGUCCAAGUCAAAGUCUAACUUAUUGCAAGGUUUUCUUUCAUCACUUGGUAAACGUCGAUCUCGUAUUAUUCAAGAUGGCAAAGAUUUAUCAAUUGCUGAUGAAUUAUCAAUUUACCGUUCUUUAGCUAUGCAAGAAUUCAACGAUAUUAUUGGAGAUUCUAAAGAAUAUGAUCCAUUUGCUUUUUGGAAUCUACAUGGUCAAAAGCUCAAAUUGUUAUCUAUUUUAGCUCGAAAGCAUCUAAUUGUUCCAAGUACAUCAGUUCCAUCGGAAUCAACAUUUAGUAUAGCUUCGUAUCUUGGACGAAAAGAACGAAAUCGAUUGACAUCUGAAAAUUUUUGUAACAAACAAAUUAGUACUCAUGCUGGUUUUUUUUAUGGAUAA